UGGCUCCUUCCAAUCCUGGAGGGAGGGAGGGAUUUGGCGGCGCAUGCGCGGUGGCUUUUCCGCCGGUGCUGCCCGAGGAGCUUCCUUGGAGGCCUGUCACUCGCUUCCUUCAGGCUGCAAGGCCUUCUUGGGCUGACUCUAGCAGUUUCCCAUCCCUUCACAAUGAGACAGGGCUGGGUUCAUUUCUUCCCUUCACCCUGUAGUUGAUAUUUCUAAAUGUGGAGGAAGUGUUGGAUUAGAGAUGGCAGAUAGUGUCAAGAUCUUCCUUAAUGAUGUCAUCAGGGGAAUUAAAGAUUCCAUAUGGGGGAUCUGCACUAUCUCCAAGCUGGAUGCUCGGAUCCAGCAGAAAAGGGAGGAACAGCGAAAAAGGAGAGCAAGCAGUGUCCUUGCCCAGCGAAGAGCACAGAGUGAGGAGAGGAAGCAGGAGACUGAACCCCGGAUAGUAAGCCGAAUAUUUCAGUGUUGUGCAUGGAAUGGAGGUGUAUUCUGGCUUAGUCUCUUCUUGUUCUAUCGAGUAUUCAUCCCUGUUCUUCAGUCAGCAACAGCACAUAUAAUUGGUGACCCUUCUUUACAUGGUGAUGUCUGGUCAUGGUUGGAAUUCAUCCUCACAUCCAUCUUCAGUGCUCUUUGGGUCCUUCCUCUCUUUGUCCUUAGCAAAGUUGUCAAUGCCAUCUGGUUCCAGGAUAUUGCUGACCUGGCAUUUGAAGUGUCAGGAAGGAAGCCUCAGCCUUUUCCCAGUGUCAGUAAAAUUAUUGCUGAUAUGUUGUUUAACCUUUUACUGCAAGCUCUCUUUCUCAUCCAGGGGAUGAUUGUAAGUUUGUUUCCCAUUGAUAUCAUAGGCCAGCUGGUCGGCCUGCUUCAUAUGUCGUUGCUCUACUCUCUGUACUGUUUUGAGUACCGUUGGUUUAACAAAGGAAUUGAAAUGCAUCAACGAUUAUCCAAUAUAGAAAGGAACUGGCCCUAUUACUUUGGAUUUGGUUUACCACUGGCCUUUCUUACUGCAAUGCAGUCUUCUUACAUUAUCAGCGGCUGCCUGUUUUCCAUCCUUUUUCCUCUGUUUAUCAUCAGCGCCAAUGAAGCAAAGACACCAGGAAAAGCAUACCACUUCCAGUUGCGCCUCUUUUCCUUGGUGGUCUUCCUUAGCAACAAACUCUUUCAUAAGACAGUUUACCUUCAGUCUACCCUGAGCAGUUCUUCUUCAGCCGAUCGCCUGCCCUCACCACAUUCGUCGCCUGCCCGGCAAAAGGCUGCUUUGUCACACUGAACCACCACCAAAGCAGGGAAGGAUGGAGGGACGGCAUCAUCCCUGGCUAAUAUAUGUGUUUUCCUGUGAUCCAGGGAAAGGCAGUAAGCACUCUGCCAAAAGGGACUUGUGCGUCUUCUCUUCCAAUCAUUGUUGUAAGCUCCAGUUGGACACUGGUUUUGAGUAAUGGGUGUGUGUGUGAAGAAAAAUAAAUGUGUUGUGGGGCAAGGGAGGGAGCAGUAGAGCCUGGGUUUUUAACAGCUCUGUCCGUUUAAAAAGCCAGGUUCUUUGCUUGUUUUUUUUUAGUGUGUAACGAACCUGUGCCUGUACUGUUUUUGUAUACCCUUCUCCUGUGCCAUUUCCCCUCCUCUUCCCAGAAAGAAUGGAGGGUUUUUUUUGUAACACCUAUUUUGUUGUAGCUUUGUGAUGAUGCUAAAUGGGGUCUUUAUGGUGAUUGUUGGGUUUUUGUGAAUGAUCAUAUAGUUCUUUGUAUAUUUCAACUCAGGUCAGGGUUUUGUAAUCCCUGUUGUGUUUGAAAUGAAACGUGGGUCAUGGUCAAGAUACAGAAUGGGGGGAAAAUCCAUUUAGUAUCUGGCGACAUCAGCACAAUCCCUGCUGCAACUGACACACUUUGGCCAUGUCGUCAUGAAAGGACCUUCCACCUGUGUCAGAAGGGAUCCACUUUUGAUAGAUGAAACAAAUUCCUAACCUUAACAGCAGAAUGUAUGGAUUUUUUUAAAAAAAAAAAACAAAAACACUACAUCCUUGGAGCUUUGAGAAAAAAAAAGUUAAUGACUUUCAAAGGGAAAUGAGAAAGUGUACGGGUUACAGUCAGGCACUGAAAUUGAAACAUGCUGAAUCUGUCUGUAGAGUUGUAAAAUUUACACUAAUGUUUUUGUCUUGGAACAAGUAGAUGCUUUGAAAAAAUAGUGUCUUUCUAGAUCCUAGCAGUAGCUGAAAAGAAACGGUUGCGGUUCCAAAGGAUAACCAUGGAAAAAAAAUCAAGACAUUACUAGUUUUGUUUUGACCAGACUUCUGCACAGAGCUUCAAGAAGACGAUUGAUUUUCUGUAUGAUGGAUUUACCUUUGUAGCAAAAAAGACUGGUUUAUGUCAAGGUUAAACAAUAGCUUUAAUAGUGACCUGACACGCAACUGUUUUCCCAGCUGAGUUACAAUGAUGUACACCGAAGUGCUCCUGUGUGGUUCUCGUUGAAGCCGAAAUGAACUCAUCAGCACAAGAUGUGUGAUUUUUGUGUUUGUCUGUGUGUACAUAUGUAACUUUGUAUGCACAAAGGGAGUGCAGCCCCUGAUUUUAAGACAGUGUUCCUCGUGCAUGUCGGAUUUCUGUAGGGCCUAUGACAUUUUUUAAAAAGCCCUUUGAAUCUUUUUUUUCCCUUUUCUUUUGGCACAAUUGAGGUCCGUCUACAGAUAACCUUUUUCUCUAGUAUUUUCACACAAAUAUUAAAUGAACGUGAGAGAAAAAAA